GGCUCUUUCCAUAUUUUGGCUAUGUUGAUAAUGCUGCCGUAGACAUUGGGCUGCAUGUGCCUCUUCCAGUCAGCACUUUGUAUCCUGUGAAUAGAUACCUAGUAGCCUCACGUCAGCCUUAAUGUCAGAUACUGUAAUUCUCACCUUUUUUUUACCUAUAUGAAAAGGAGUAUGUGGCGAGGUUGAUUGCUGAGGGUUUGAAUUGGAAUCAGAGCUCAGCUUUCCACUUCCAGGCCUGUGCUAUAAAUAGGCUCCUUCCUGCUCUCCCUCUCUGAAAGAAGGCAAAUGCUGCCAUGUAGGCCAUAUAGAUCUUUCUCACCUUAUGAUGGGUUUACAUCCUAAUAAUCUCAUCAUAAGUUGAAAAUAUCUUAAGUCAAAAAUGCAUUUGAUACACUUCCCCUACUAAACAUCAUAGCUUAGCCUAGCUGAUCCUCACUGUGCUCAGAAUGCUUUCAUUAACCUACAGUUGGGCUAAAACAUCUAACACAAAACCGAUUUUAUACUGAAGUGUUGAGUAUCAUGUAAUUUAUUGAAUAGUGUACUGAAAGUGAGGAACAAUGAUCGUAUGGGUACAGAACAGUUGUAUCAGUUGUCGACCCUGUGGCUCACAGCCCCUGCGCAGCAACAGGAGAAGAUACUGUACCACAUAUCACUAACCCUGGGAAAGAUCAAAAUUCCAAACUCAAAGUACAGUUUCUAUUGAAUUCGUAUUGCUUUUGUGAUUUUGUAAAGUUGGAAAAAUGGUAAGCUGUACUGUCAGAAAUUGUUGACUGUACUGAACUAGUUUGGGUCCAACUUACAUUUCCAGCUUUAUUUCCCUGACUCAUCUCCACAUCCCCUGUCCUCUAGCCAGCCCAGACCACUCUACUCUUUACCCCUCCAAUGGACCUGUGCUCUUUUGCUUUUGUGCCUGUGAGCUGAGGCAGUGCCUGGCUUCGUACUGUGUAUUGUUUUCAUUGUGUAUUUUUCCGUAGCAGAGCCCGCUUCCCUCUGGUGGGGAGGAUUUCAGUGGUCUUUAGAAUAGCUCCCACCCCUACUAAGCAUUGUAUAUGUCUUAUUUCAACCUGCUCUGAGAUGAGGGAGGGGGGUCAUGCUACACUGAUGUAAAUCACAGGUGCUCCCAGGUAACUGCUCUAAAGUUUGAAGGGCCAUGGGAUUCUAGUAGGUGUGCCCUUGGGCCUCAGCAGCUAGGAUGAAGGGCCAUCCAUGGCCACUUUGAAUUCCAUCUGUAUUAAAAUAGCAAGCGGCUCUGUUGGGUCAGGGUAUGAGCCCUUUCCUAGAAUCCUUACUGGGUUCUAGCAGCAUUAUUUGCUGCCUGGCCCACUUUGCUUAAAGCUUCAUUUUCUUUCCAGGUUGACUCCCAUGUUUUACCUUCCUCCCAGAAAAGAAUUCCCUCUAAUUUCUAGUUAAGAAAUCUUUUCAUCUGAAUACCACACCUUAUCAAAAGUGAAAUCACCUUGCCCCACACUCUGGGUAGACCUGCACCUAUCUGCCCCAAAGCCCUUUAUCUGUCUUAUGUGCCAGUGGUGUUUAAUUCACUCUUCAUGUUACUGUUACAUGUCUUUUCUUCUACCCACCCAAGCCAUUUUACCCACAUGAGUGCAUAUGGCCUUGGGUCCUCAGGCCCAAGGUCCAGCUGGGGGUCAGACCAGAAGACCGGGGGCCCCUCUGUCAAUCUUCAUCUUGAUUAAUCUACCUGACCAUUUGUGCAGCAGACUGGACUUUAUGCGUAUAAAGUCUUUGGUAUUCUGGAUGAUUGCCCACCGGCUGUGCUGGCAGAUAUCUAUAUGGACUUAGACUACAGAAAACAGUGGGACCAAUAUGUUAAAGAACUCUAUGAAAACGAAUACAAUGGAGAAACCGUGGUCUACUGGCAAGUGAAGUACCCUUUUCCCAUGUCCAACAGAGAUUACAUCUACAUCCGGCAGCGGCGAGACCUGGACAUGGACGGGCAGAAGAUCCACGUAGUCCUGGCCCAGAGCACCUCUGUGCCACAGAUUCCUGAGAGGUCUGGUGUGGUCCGGGUGAAUCAGUAUAAGCAGAGCCUGGUGAUCAAGAGUGAUGGCAAGAAAGGGAGCAAAGUUUUCAUGUAUUACUUCGAUAACCCGGGUGGCCAAAUUCCUUCCUGGCUCAUUAAUUGGGUCGCCAAGAAUGGUGUUCCUAACUUCUUGAAGGAUAUGGCAAAAGCCUGUCAGAAAUACCGCAAGAAAACCUAAGAAAGGAAAUCGUGUGUCCAUGGAACGAUGAUCUGGGAGUGCCACAGCCCACCGACGCUCAGCUUUCCUUUCACUUUUCUGUCUUCAGAGGCCUGCACACUGUCCUGCACGUCGUCCCUGAGUGUGUUUGCCUGACGCCUGGCUUCCUUUCCCACUCCCCACCCCGGGACUGGCUGCCUUCUCCCACUAUUGAAUAUGGGUCAGAUUAGGGAAACUUUUGCUUGUUUAUUUAAAAAAAGGGAAGUCCUCAAUAGAGAACACAGUCAUUCCAUUGUGCCAUUUCAGGGGGAUGGGUGGGCGGAGGAACCAUGACAAUGCAAGAGCAGCCGGUCCUGCAGAGCUGGCUCCUUCCCGGAAUGUGGCUCCUCAAAACCCGGAAGGGGCUGCUGGGAGCCCCAUCCCCUUCAAAAUGGACUGUCCGUGCACCAACACUGGAAGACACUGGCUGAUGUCCGUUUGCCUUAUGCUUUGGUGUGCUGAUCUGGCUGGGGUUUGAGGUGAUAAUCCAGGAGGUGUUUCUGCCGUUCCUACUUGUGGAGGAUCAUGAGCUGUUCUGAUUUCAAACCAUUCUGAAAAACACUGCAGGCCUAAGCACUAAAUGUAAGAACCAUUUUUUUUCUCAUCAUCCGUAUCUGGAUUUCUUUUUCCCACAUCCACUGGUACUACCUCUGCAUUUUAUUGGAAACUGAGGCAUCGAUGACUCUGGCAGUUAGCAAAAGUCAAGAUGCUCUGCACACAGCACUGUGAUAAAGUGUCUUUCUAGGCAAUAAAAUGAAUUUCCCUUCUAGAAUGUUUAGCAAUAUUGAACAGAUAAUAGUUCACAGUCAGGGAAAUAUUAAUUAGUGGAUUAAUUGACUCUACACUUUUUCUCAGGAAUUCUACCUAAGUUGCCUGCCUCUUCUACUACCAAAAUACUUCCUGUUUUCUGUUUUCUCCUGAAUUUUGGUAAGGCAAAAUAUUGUGUGGCUAAAAGCACAGCCUUCAUGAUCUCAGGGAAUAAUUUUAACCACUGUGUGAUGGUACUGAGCCUUAAUUAGAGGUCACAGAAAUUCAGGAUGUAAAUCCAGAAGCAGAGGAUUUAUUAAAAUGGGACACAUCAGACUAUAUGUCUUCUCUCUGGGAAAAAUAAAUUGAAUACCAAUAAAUACAGAAUGAC